AGGGGGAAGGGGCGGGCAGGUAGAGCCACAUCCCAAAACAGAAAAGCUUUCAGCCAUUGCGCGCUCCACCCGGGGUGCAGCCCUGCUCCGAGCUUUUUGCAUAGACGCACGGGCAAUUGAAUACAAAAAGGGCAGGCCUCCUGCGCCUUCCUUCCCACCCCCCUUCCUGCCCAGGGUGUGGAGCACCGGCCAGGUGUGGGCUUGGGUGGUUGGUUACCGCCUUUUGCACCAGCGGCUGAGAGGAGGGGGGGUGGGCGCUCUUUCUUUUUCUCUUAGAAGAGGUUUCAGCACAGGUUUUCUCGUUCUCACUUCCACCCCACUUCACCGCCUCCCAACCCCCCUCUCCCCCUCCCCACCUAUCGUCAUGACGGCGUCUCCGGAUUACUUGGUGGUGCUUUUUGGGAUCACUGCUGGGGCCACGGGGGCCAAGCUGGGCUCGGAUGAGAAGGAGCUGAUCCUGCUGUUAUGGAAAGUCGUGGAUCUGGCCAACAAGAAGGUGGGACAGUUGCAUGAAGUACUAGUUAGACCGGAUCAGUUGGAGCUGACGGAGGAUUGUAAAGAAGAAACUAAGAUCGACGCGGAAAGUCUGUCCUCCGCGCCGCAGCUGGACCAAGCCCUCCGACAGUUUAACCAGUCAGUAAGCAAUGAACUGAAUAUUGGGGUUGGAACCUCCUUCUGCCUCUGUACUGAUGGGCAGCUGCAUGUCAGGCAAAUCCUGCAUCCUGAGGCUUCCAAGAAGAAUGUAUUAUUGCCUGAAUGCUUCUAUUCCUUUUUUGACCUUCGAAAAGAAUUCAAGAAGUGUUGCCCUGGUUCACCUGAUAUUGAUAAACUGGAUGUUGCAGCAAUGACAGACUGUUUAAACUUUGAAAAGAAUAGUUCAGUCUCCCGGUAUGGAGCCUCUCAAGUUGAAGAUAUGGGGAAUAUAAUUUUAGCAAUGAUUUCAGAGCCCUAUAAUCACAGGUUUUCAGAUCCAGAGAGAGUAAAUUACAAAUUUGAAAGUGGCACUUGCAGCAAGAUGGAACUUAUUGAUGACAAUACCAUAGUCCGUGCACGAGGUUUACCAUGGCAGUCUUCAGAUCAAGAUAUUGCAAGAUUCUUCAAAGGACUCAAUAUUGCCAAGGGAGGUGCAGCACUUUGUCUGAAUGCCCAGGGUCGAAGGAAUGGAGAAGCUCUGGUUAGGUUUGUAAGCGAGGAACACAGGGAUCUAGCAUUACAGAGGCACAAACAUCACAUGGGGACCCGGUAUAUUGAGGUUUACAAAGCAACAGGUGAAGAUUUUCUUAAAAUUGCUGGUGGUACAUCCAAUGAGGUAGCCCAAUUUCUCUCCAAGGAAAAUCAAGUCAUUGUCCGCAUGCGGGGGCUCCCUUUCACAGCCACAGCGGAUGAAGUGGUGGCAUUCUUUGGACAGCAUUGCCCCAUCACGGGGGGGAAGGAAGGCAUCCUCUUUGUUACCUAUCCAGAUGGUAGGCCAACAGGGGAUGCUUUUGUCCUCUUUGCCUGUGAAGAAUAUGCACAGAAUGCAUUGAGGAAGCAUAAGGACUUGUUGGGUAAAAGAUACAUUGAACUCUUCAGGAGCACAGCAGCUGAAGUCCAGCAGGUGCUGAACCGAUUCUCUUCGGCCCCUCUUAUUCCACUUCCAACCCCUCCCAUUAUUCCAGUGCUACCUCAGCAAUUUGUACCCCCUACAAAUGUUAGAGACUGUAUACGCCUUCGAGGUCUUCCCUAUGCGGCCACAAUUGAGGACAUCCUGGACUUUCUGGGGGAGUUUUCCACAGAUAUUCGAACUCAUGGGGUUCACAUGGUAUUGAAUCACCAGGGCCGCCCGUCAGGAGAUGCCUUUAUCCAGAUGAAGUCUGCGGACAGAGCAUUUAUGGCUGCACAGAAGUGUCAUAAAAAAACCAUGAAGGACAGAUAUGUUGAAGUCUUUCAGUGUUCAGCUGAGGAGAUGAACUUUGUGUUAAUGGGGGGCACUUUAAAUCGAAAUGGCUUAUCCCCACCGCCAUGCCUGUCUCCUCCCUCCUACACAUUUCCAGCUCCUGCAGCAGUUAUUCCUACUGAGGCUGCCAUUUAUCAGCCCUCUGUGCUUUUGAAUCCACGGGCACUGCAGCCCUCCACAGCCUACUACCCAGCGGGCACUCAGCUCUUCAUGAACUACACUGCGUACUAUCCCAGCCCCCCAGGUUCGCCCAAUAGUCUUGGCUACUUCCCUACAGCUGCUAAUCUUAGCGGUGUCCCUCCACAGCCUGGCACGGUGGUCAGAAUGCAGGGCCUGGCCUACAAUACUGGAGUUAAGGAAAUUCUUAACUUCUUCCAAGGUUACCAGUGUUUGAAAGAUGUAUGGUGAUCCUGAAACCGUCAGAUAUGACAACUUCUAGCAACUUCAUGGGAAGUUUGUCUAUACUCAGGCUGCAGUAUUCUCAGCAAACAUGAUUGGACAGUGGGCUUUUGCCCUACCUUUUGGGAGAGUAAAAAAUUUGAGCCGGUGAAGCCAAAUCCUUGUAGCAAGCAGCAUGCCUGGCUCCUUGCUGAUUGCAAAUAGGCAUUUAAAAUGUGAAUUUGAAAUCGGGUGACUCCAUUACUUCCAGCUAACAU